AUGUUGCUGCUUGCGUCACCCGUGUGUGUAUGCGAACGAGCGAUGGAAGUUCGGCUGCGAGCGGCUGCAGAAUGUCUAUCGGAAGAUUUAGCCCCCACCCUCAAUCAAAGAACUACCUACUGGAAGGCCCGAACGAGCGAAUUGGGCGGAGCUGAACGCCAAGCAGAUCAAGAAAGCUCGAACAAAGGACACAAUGAACGCGGCGUCGAUCUCUGCACACCAAGGAAUGUGUUCCCGAGCCCUUUCGACCGAGGUGUAGCUGGAUCGAAGAAGCAACACACGAUCGUCCCUGCGGUCGAG